AUGAGAGCUGUGGCUGGAGCAUCGUCUGCAAUACCCAAGUAUGCAUCCCAACCUGGUUCCUUGCUCGAAGCUCCCAAGCUCCCUCGUCCUCCAAUGAGACAACAGGUCAUGCCAUGCAACAACACACGCUCAAAUGAUAACCCUCACCCUAACCGCCGACUCCAUCUCCUCCGUCGUCUCGCUGCCCGCUUGGCGAUCACCAAGCCCGACAACCACAACAACCACAACGAAAACAGACAUCAUCUCAUCAGGCAUGACGACGACGACAACAUACAUCACGCCAACGGCUUUACAAACAGCGCUGGAAGUGGAAGCAACAGCACGGCAACGGGAAGUGACGCAGCGGAGAUCUCGGCGUAUCUGUCAAGUGUUAUGAGUGUGGAGACCAGCACGCCGACGCCGGUUGGUGGUGGGAGUGGAGGGAAUGCGACGGGUACUGGGACGCCGAGUCAGUAUACUGGUGCUGCUGCGCGGAAGGGAGAAUCGAAUGCAUGGGUUGCGAUGGUGGCGUUCGGGGUUGUGGGAUUGGUCGUUUUGUAGAAGAUGGGAGAUGGGACGAGACGAGAUGAGAAAUGAGAAAUCAUAGCGGGAAGUUUGGGAAUUACAUUUUUUUUUGGGACGGAGUUUGUGGUUUGUAUUGAACACAUAAUGUCUAUCCAUCAUAUCUAAUUGAAAACAUGAUCAUACAUUACUAUGUCCCGUGGUUCGGAAAAUCCAUGUCUCGAGGGUGAUUGGAAACUUGGUAACCAUGUCAGUAAAUUUUCGUGACCCAAAUGUGCAAGCAAUGAAUUGAA